GCCCCUGUGGAGGAUAUUCAAGCUCUUUCGACUCAAAACAUCAGCAUGGACAUCACCAUAUUCAUUAGUCUGAAUCCUGCUGUUCUCACGAUCCUAAAUGUGAGCACAGUGAGGGCUCUAAUGGGGGUAAACUUGGCUGAUCUGAAGCUGUUUGAGAACUCCUCAGUGGUUCAGUCCUGGGUGUCACAACAGAACCAAUCUGAUCUGAACACGCUGAAUCUUGGCAUCACCAACCACAACCCUUGUUAUGGCGUAGACAGUCACCCACUUGAUAGCGAAUUUGCGUCCGGAAAUGUUUCCGCAGUACUGUGCAACUUUAGCAUUCCUGACUAUGCCUGUUCAUCAGUUGUUGUAUUGUCCUCUAAUGAUCUGGUCACACUACUCACAUGCAAACUGCCAAGCAGCCUGAGCGUCUCUAAAGAUGCUUGGAAGCUUUUCUUCCAGAACUUUUCUGGACCUUUGGAUGAUGCCCUGGAGAGGUUUUCAAACAUGACAUACAGCAGCAAUCAGUCUGACCCUAAUAUACUUGACGCCAUCGGGGAGGUGAUAAUCGACAAGUUCACCGCAGCACAGCUGACGAAUGCCACUUUCAUCACGGACUGGUUCCACAUAAGGCUCACACCAUUUUUGUCAUCAGUGCCCAAAGAUUUUCUGUCCAGCCUUAGUUCCAAAACCUUCAGCUGUGAGACCUACCAAAUUGUGGUGGAAGCUCUCAGCAGUCAAGAAUCUCUCAUGAAAGAGGAACAGAAGCAGAUGAUAUUUCAUUUGUUCAUCUUUCCCUUCCUGCUAAGAGAUGAUCUUCCAGACCCUGCCUGCCUUUCCAACACUUCUGGCAGCGACGACUGGCUUGAAAAGAACCUUGGCGGUUUCUCCGAUUAUGCCCCCUUGGAAGAGCUCAAACUUCUAAAUGCAAAUUUCUCUAGCGUCGCAGUGUUAGGCUUACUGUCCAGUGAACAGAAGGCACAGUUCAUCUUGCAGCCGGAUUCAGGAGUGUUGGGAAAUGACUCUGUGUUUCGAGAGGUGUUUACCAGUGUGCUCACAUCCUCAGAUGUGAAUCAGCUUGGCAGCUUCUUCGAAGCCUUCAACCAGACUGUAAUACAAAUGAACGUGACUAUUCCUUCAGCAAUAUCAGACAGCAUUCUGAACAUGACACUCUUGGAUCUGGUGCCUCACUUCCAAAGUUUCAGCCCAGAGGACUUUGCCCUGUGGUUCCAGACUUACCUUUCAUUGUUCCUUACAAGGAUUAGUUCAAACACCCUGUCGAUCAUCCCCAUAAACAUCAGCUGUGACUCCUACAGAGAGAUAGUGAAAGGACUUGAUAAUGUGUACAGCGACCUCUCUGCAACCCAGUCCAACACUGUCUUCAGCUACACACAAGACUACCUCGAGUACCAGUCCAGCCAAGGCCUGAGCUGCUAUGGCACAGGAAGCUUCUACGUGUUCCUGAAACAGUUGUUCCUCAGUUUCGGAUUCCCCGACCUGAACGAUUUCCUGUCCCUGAUCCCAGCCGACCGCCAGGCACAGCUUUUGAGCUCCAUCUCUCCGGAAGAACUCAGCGAGUUUCUGAACAGGCCGAACACAGUGAACAAUGCGUCUGAACUCUGCAGCCUCCUCGACGACUACAACAGAACCAAUGAAUACCUGGAGACGGAGCCUGUUCUGUCCUCUGCUGUGGCUAGCUACACGUUGGGGUGUGUGUGGUCUCGUGCUCUCACCGCCUCAUCUCAGGCUGAGGUAGAACAGUGGUUUAAUGUCACACUGGUUCACUACCUGCCCUACCUCAACUCUCAUCUCAUCAGCUCCGACCAGCUCAGCGGUGCCUCCUGCCUCUCAUACAGAAAAUUGGUGUCUAUCUUGGGGGACAACUACAAUUUUUCUGCAACUGAUUUCACCCCAGCUGAUGUGUACAGCUCUAUUAAAGUGUAUCUGAACAGCAGCGAUGGCAGUCCCCGCUGCUAUAACUCCUCAGACCCUCUUCUGAACUCCACCGCCUGGUUUGCUGACAACAUUGGAUUCUUCAUCACUUUCAUCAAGCUCACUGAUCUGCAAUCAUUCCUAUCAGGAAACAUGUCACUUGUGUUCCUGGAGAACUCAGAAAAUCUUCAGCUAUUCAACAGCCCGGGCAUUUCCACCAGUGUCCUGGAGUACUACACAAACGAGUUAUACAUCCAGAAUCCUGACUUCAACCUACUCGGCUUGCCAGCUGAAUUGCUGUGUCAAACUGAUGCCUCCGUGUUUGAUCGUCUCGGAGAUGCAGACAUCACGACCAUCCUGAAUCGCAUCAACUUCUGCAGAGAAAUAAAUCCAGAGGUCACAGCGGUGCUGGUAGCAAAGUUCCCCGAUGUAUCUGCCUCCACCAUCCAAUCUUUGGGCAGCCAGUGCGUGGGCCUGACUGUGGGCCAGAUAAGCUCCGCCCCCUCCGAUGUGAUAAACAGUUCUCUGACUAUACUCAGUAACAUCAAUGGCUGGGACCAGGGCCAAGUGAACUCCCUCAUCCAAAGCAUCCUGAGUGCAGGCUUUACUAUCAGCAGUGCCUCCUCUCUGGAGUCCCUGGGAACACUCAUCGGUGGUGUUCCCUCUGCAACCAUCUCAACCAUCCCAUCUUCUCAGUUUCUGUCUUUAUCUCAGAAUCCAACAUUCGUCGAUAACAUUCUCUCAGCGCCAGUUAUUCUGCAAACUACAUUUGUCCAGAAGGUAAUCUCUGUGGAUCAGACCAAAGUGAUACAGAAUGUUCCGGAUGCACUGGUGAUGUAUAUUCCACUUGUUCUACUGACGUCACUGAGCUCUGGUGACAUUUCACUAAUCAAUAACAAGAGCUGGAGUCAUGAACAGGCUAUGAUGUUGUUUGGUGCUGUGGCCAGUGCCAGUGAUGAUCCAGAAGAUCUGUCAGCAUCAGUACUGCAGGGAUUCUCCUGCAGCUCAGUUCAGACUCUCCCACAGGAAAAAGCCAAAGAUCUAGUGAAAGCCUGUAGACCACGUGCAGGCAGAGACAAGGUCCUACUGGAAGAGGCUCAGCUGACCUGCAUGUACAACUACGUGAAAGACGAUCCAUCUGUUAGCUUUACUGACGUCCCCUCUGAUAUGCUUCUGUACUACAGCUAUGACAAGGUCCAGAAGGUGAAUUGCCAGGCGUAUUUCAGUGCCCUGGGCAGAGCAGAUUUCUCCGUUCUUUCCCUUGACCUCGACAAGACGACCGUCCUGUUCGACCAUGCAAAGGACUGCCUGGGUAUAUCUGGUGUGAGUCUGACCAGGCAUCAGGUGGAGGUUCUGGGGAAUAUGGCAUGCACACUGGACUCCUCCUACAUCCAGAGCUCUGACCCCAUAAUUCUGGAGAACCUGAAGAACUGUGGAGAUCUUUCUGAUUCUCAGAUGACUGCUGUACAGUCAGUGCUCCUCAGUGGGAACACUGCUUAUGGCAAUCCCUCAACGUGGAAUGAGGACACUGUGGAGCAACUCAGCAACCUGGCUGUCUAUUUCAAAUCAAACCUCUGCGACAAAAUUUCCUUUAAUAUAAAGAGGAAGUUCAUUUCAGCCCUGAGGAAGCAAAAGAUCCCGUUGAAGAAGCUAAGGGCACUGUUUACAGAAUGCAACACAGAAAGCACUAGCGUGAGCAACAUCACAGCGGUGACCAUUUCAGACCCAUCAUUUCCUUUUGGCUUUAACUCCACACAGUUUGAUCUGUAUCUGGACAUCACUGUACUGCAGGAGAACCUGGCAGCCAUCACUGAGAAAGUGGUGGACACCAGCCUCCAGACUAUCAUUCUCAACAAGUUAAACCAGAUUUACCCAUCAGGUCUUAAUGACGAUGUACUGCAGCUGCUGGGUUCCACUUCUCGUGUGGCCACUACUGAUGACAUUAGAGAGUGGAACAUUACCAUAAUUGACACAUUGUCCUCUUUGAUGGACUCAAAUGAUGGACCCUGGGAAGAAGAAAAGAGUAAAGCAGUCAUUAUGAGGUAUCUGAACACGGGGAAUCACUCUCUGGGAAGUGCUGAAAUAAAUGUAGUUGGUUCCAACAUCUGCACUUUAGACAUCAGUGUGCUGGAAAAUAUCACUGCUGAGAGUCUAACGUCAGUCCUGUCUCCAGAUCUGUCCUCAUGUUCCAUUGAACAGAAAACUGCUCUGUACAUCAUUGCCAACUCUUCAUUCAGCAGUCAACACAGCAGCUCCACAACAUUCUACCAACUCAUCAGCCCUUACCUGGGUGGAGCCCCUGUGGAGGAUAUUCAAGCUCUUUCGACUCAAAACAUCAGCAUGGACAUCACCAUAUUCAUUAGUCUGAAUCCUGCUGUUCUCACGAUCCUAAAUGUGAGCACAGUGAGGGCUCUAAUGGGGGUAAACUUGGCUGAUCUGAAGCUGUUUGAGAACUCCUCAGUGGUUCAGUCCUGGGUGUCACAACAGAACCAAUCUGAUCUGAACACGCUGAAUCUUGGCAUCACCAACCACAACCCUUGUUAUGGCGUAGACAGUCACCCACUUGAUAGCGAAUUUGCGUCCGGAAAUGUUUCCGCAGUACUGUGCAACUUUAGCAUUCCUGACUAUGCCUGUUCAUCAGUUGUUGUAUUGUCCUCUAAUGAUCUGGUCACACUACUCACAUGCAAACUGCCAAGCAGCCUGAGCGUCUCUAAAGAUGCUUGGAAGCUUUUCUUCCAGAACUUUUCUGGACCUUUGGAUGAUGCCCUGGAGAGGUUUUCAAACAUGACAUACAGCAGCAAUCAGUCUGACCCUAAUAUACUUGACGCCAUCGGGGAGGUGAUAAUCGACAAGUUCACCGCAGCACAGCUGACGAAUGCCACUUUCAUCACGGACUGGUUCCACAUAAGGCUCACACCAUUUUUGUCAUCAGUGCCCAAAGAUUUUCUGUCCAGCCUUAGUUCCAAAACCUUCAGCUGUGAGACCUACCAAAUUGUGGUGGAAGCUCUCAGCAGUCAAGAAUCUCUCAUGAAAGAGGAACAGAAGCAGAUGAUAUUUCAUUUGUUCAUCUUUCCCUUCCUGCUAAGAGAUGAUCUUCCAGACCCUGCCUGCCUUUCCAACACUUCUGGCAGCGACGACUGGCUUGAAAAGAACCUUGGCGGUUUCUCCGAUUAUGCCCCCUUGGAAGAGCUCAAACUUCUAAAUGCAAAUUUCUCUAGCGUCGCAGUGUUAGGCUUACUGUCCAGUGAACAGAAGGCACAGUUCAUCUUGCAGCCGGAUUCAGGAGUGUUGGGAAAUGACUCUGUGUUUCGAGAGGUGUUUACCAGUGUGCUCACAUCCUCAGAUGUGAAUCAGCUUGGCAGCUUCUUCGAAGCCUUCAACCAGACUGUAAUACAAAUGAACGUGACUAUUCCUUCAGCAAUAUCAGAUAGCGUCCUGAACAUGACACUCUUGGAUCUGGUGCCUCACUUCCAAAGUUUCAGCCCAGAGGACUUUGCCCUGUGGUUCCAGACUUACCUUUCAUUGUUCCUUACAAGGAUUAGUUCAAACACCCUGUCGAUCAUCCCCAUAAACAUCAGCUGUGACUCCUACAGAGAGAUAGUGAAAGGACUUGAUAAUGUGUACAGCGACCUCUCUGCAACCCAGUCCAACACUGUCUUCAGCUACACACAAGACUACCUCGAGUACCAGUCCAGCCAAGGCCUGAGCUGCUAUGGCACAGGAAGCUUCUACGUGUUCCUGAAACAGUUGUUCCUCAGUUUCGGAUUCCCCGACCUGAACGAUUUCCUGUCCCUGAUCCCAGCCGACCGCCAGGCACAGCUUUUGAGCUCCAUCUCUCCGGAAGAACUCAGCGAGUUUCUGAACAGGCCGAACACAGUGAACAAUGCGUCUGAACUCUGCAGCCUCCUCGACGACUACAACAGAACCAAUGAAUACCUGGAGACGGAGCCUGUUCUGUCCUCUGCUGUGGCUAGCUACACGUUGGGGUGUGUGUGGUCUCGUGCUCUCACCGCCUCAUCUCAGGCUGAGGUAGAACAGUGGUUUAAUGUCACACUGGUUCACUACCUGCCCUACCUCAACUCUCAUCUCAUCAGCUCCGACCAGCUCAGCGGUGCCUCCUGCCUCUCAUACAGAAAAUUGGUGUCUAUCUUGGGGGACAACUACAAUUUUUCUGCAACUGAUUUCACCCCAGCUGAUGUGUACAGCUCUAUUAAAGUGUAUCUGAACAGCAGCGAUGGCAGUCCCCGCUGCUAUAACUCCUCAGACCCUCUUCUGAACUCCACCGCCUGGUUUGCUGACAACAUUGGAUUCUUCAUCACUUUCAUCAAGCUCACUGAUCUGCAAUCAUUCCUAUCAGGAAACAUGUCACUUGUGUUCCUGGAGAACUCAGAAAAUCUUCAGCUAUUCAACAACCCGGGCAUUUCCACCAGUGUCCUGGAGUACUACACAAACGAGUUAUACAUCCAGAAUCCUGACUUCAACCUACUCGGCUUGCCAGCUGAAUUGCUGUGUCAAACUGAUGCCUCCGUGUUUGAUCGUCUCGGAGAUACAGACAUCACGACCAUCCUGAAUCGCAUCAACUUCUGCAGAGAAAUAAAUCCAGAGGUCACAGCGGUGCUGGUAGCAAAGUUCCCCGAUGUAUCUGCCUCCACCAUCCAAUCUUUGGGCAGCCAGUGCGUGGGCCUGACUGUGGGCCAGAUAAGCUCCGCCCCCUCCGAUGUGAUAAACAGUUCUCUGACUAUACUCAGUAACAUCAAUGGCUGGGACCAGGGCCAAGUGAACUCCCUCAUCCAAAGCAUCCUGAGUGCAGGCUUUACUAUCAGCAGUGCCUCCUCUCUGGAGUCCCUGGGAACACUCAUCGGUGGUGUUCCCUCUGCAACCAUCUCAACCAUCCCAUCUUCUCAGUUUCUGUCUUUAUCUCAGAAUCCAACAUUCGUCGAUAACAUUCUCUCAGCGCCAGUUAUUCUGCAAACUACAUUUGUCCAGAAGGUAAUCUCUGUGGAUCAGACCAAAGUGAUACAGAAUGUUCCGGAUGCACUGGUGAUGUAUAUUCCACUUGUUCUACUGACGUCACUGAGCUCUGGUGACAUUUCACUAAUCAAUAACAAGAGCUGGAGUCAUGAACAGGCUAUGAUGUUGUUUGGUGCUGUGGCCAGUGCCAGUGAUGAUCCAGAAGAUCUGUCAGCAUCAGUACUGCAGGGAUUCUCCUGCAGCUCAGUUCAGACUCUCCCACAGGAAAAAGCCAAAGAUCUAGUGAAAGCCUGUAGACCACGUGCAGGCAGAGACAAGGUCCUACUGGAAGAGGCUCAGCUGACCUGCAUGUACAACUACGUGAAAGACGAUCCAUCUGUUAGCUUUACUGACGUCCCCUCUGAUAUGCUUCUGUACUACAGCUAUGACAAGGUCCAGAAGGUGAAUUGCCAGGCGUAUUUCAGUGCCCUGGGCAGAGCAGAUUUCUCCGUUCUUUCCCUUGACCUCGACAAGACGACCGUCCUGUUCGACCAUGCAAAGGACUGCCUGGGUAUAUCUGGUGUGAGUCUGACCAGGCAUCAGGUGGAGGUUCUGGGGAAUAUGGCAUGCACACUGGACUCCUCCUACAUCCAGAGCUCUGACCCCAUAAUUCUGGAGAACCUGAAGAACUGUGGAGAUCUUUCUGAUUCUCAGAUGACUGCUGUACAGUCAGUGCUCCUCAGUGGGAACACUGCUUAUGGCAAUCCCUCAACGUGGAAUGAGGACACUGUGGAGCAACUCAGCAACCUGGCUGUCUAUUUCAAAUCAAACCUCUGCGACAAAAUUUCCUUUAAUAUAAAGAGGAAGUUCAUUUCAGCCCUGAGGAAGCAAAAGAUCCCGUUGAAGAAGCUAAGGGCACUGUUUACAGAAUGCAACACAGAAAGCACUAGCGUGAGCAACAUCACAGCGGUGACCAUUUCAGACCCAUCAUUUCCUUUUGGCUUUAACUCCACACAUUUUGAUCUGUAUCUGGACAUCACUGUACUGCAGGAGAACCUGGCAGCCAUCACUGAGAAAGUGGUGGACACCAGCCUCCAGACUAUCAUUCUCAACAAGUUAAACCAGAUUUACCCAUCAGGUCUUAAUGACGAUGUACUGCAGCUGCUGGGUUCCACUUCUCGUGUGGCCACUACUGAUGACAUUAGAGAGUGGAACAUUACCAUAAUUGACACAUUGUCCUCUUUGAUGGACUCAAAUGAUGGACCCUGGGAAGAAGAAAAGAGUAAAGCAGUCAUUAUGAGGUAUCUGAACACGGGGAAUCACUCUCUGGGAAGUGCUGAAAUAAAUGUAGUUGGUUCCAACAUCUGCACUUUAGACAUCAGUGUGCUGGAAAAUAUCACUGCUGAGAGUCUAACGUCAGUCCUGUCUCCAGAUCUGUCCUCAUGUUCCAUUGAACAGAAAACUGCUCUGUACAUCAUUGCCAACUCUUCAUUCAGCAGUCAACACAGCAGCUCCACAACAUUCUACCAACUCAUCAGCCCUUACCUGGGUGGAGCUCCUGUGGAGGAUAUUCAAGCUCUUUCGACUCAAAACAUCAGCAUGGACAUCACCAUAUUCAUUAGUCUGAAUCCUGCUGUUCUCACGAUCCUAAACGUGAGCACAGUGAGGGCUCUAAUGGGGGUAAACUUGGCUGAUCUGAAGCUGUUUGAGAACUCCUCAGUGGUUCAGUCCUGGGUGUCACAACAGAACCAAGCUGAUCUGAACACGCUGAAUCUUGGCAUCACCAACCACAACCCUUGUUAUGGCGUAGACAGUCACCCACUUGAUAGCGAAUUUGCGUCCGGAAAUGUUUCCGCAGUACUGUGCAACUUUAGCAUUCCUGACUAUGCCUGUUCAUCAGUUGUUGUAUUGUCCUCUAAUGAUCUGGUCACACUACUCACAUGCAAACUGCCAAGCAGCCUGAGCGUCUCUAAAGAUGCUUGGAAGCUUUUCUUCCAGAGCUUUUCUGGACCUUUGGAUGAUGCCCUGGAGAGGUUUUCAAACAUGACAUACAGCAGCAAUCAGUCUGACCCUAAUAUACUUGACGCCAUCGGGGAGGUGAUAAUCGACAAGUUCGCCGCAGCACAGCUGACGAAUGCCACUUUCAUCACGGACUGGUUCCACAUAAGGCUCAGACCAUUUUUGUCAUCAGUGUCCAAAGAUUUUCUGUCCAGCCUUAGUUCAAAAACCUUCAGCUGUGAGACCUACCAAAUUGUGGUGGAAGCUCUCAGCAGUCAAGAAUCUCUCAUGAAAGAGGAACAGAAGCAGAUGAUAUUUAAUUCGUUCAUCUUUCCCUUCCUGCUAAGAGAUGAUCUUCCAGACCCUGCCUGCCUUUCCAACACUUCUGGCAGCGACGACUGGCUUGAAAAGAACCUUGGCGGUUUCUCCGAUUAUGCCCCCUUGGAAGAGCUCAAACUUCUAAAUGCAAAUUUCUCUAGCGUCGCAGUGUUAGGCUUACUGUCCAGUGAACAGAAGGCACAGUUCAUCUUGCAGCCGGAUUCAGGAGUGUUGGGAAAUGACUCUGUGUUUCGAGAGGUGUUUACCAGUGUGCUCACAUCCUCAGAUGUGAAUCAGCUUGGCAGCUUCUUCGAAGCCUUCAACCAGACUGUAAUACAAAUGAACGUGACUAUUCCUUCAGCAAUAUCAGACAGCUUCUGA